AUGGAGGUUACUGUAAAGGGAUCCAACAUGAUAUUCCCUGCUCAACAUACUCCAAAAGCUUUGAGCAAGACUCUGGUGCCAUUCUAUCCAAUGGCUGGGAGGUUGGGAUGUGAUGAAAAUGGUAGAUUCCAGAUAACAUGCAACGCAGAGGGAGUCCUGUGGAUAGAAGCUGAAACUUCAUCGGUAAUCGACGAUCUUGCCGGUUUUACUCCCUGCUCCCAACUGCAGAAACUAGUUCCCGCACUUGAUUGCUCUGGAGAUACCACUUCUUACCCGCUUUUUAUGGCCCAGUGGCCUAAUAAUCCUACACCCUUGUCUGUAUCUGUUUUUAAGAUCACACAAAAUCAACUUAAUAUCCUAAAAGCCAAGUCACGGGAAUAUGAAAACAAAACCAACUACAGCAUCUACACCAUUCUAGCUGCAUACAUAUGGCGCUGUGCAACGAAAGCUCGGGGCCUCUCAUAUGAUCAACCAACCAGGUUACUGAUGCCAACUAAUGGACGCCCCAGACUACAUCCUCCCCUCCCGUCAAGCUACCUGGGCAAUGUAAUUUUCAUGGCUUCACCAAUUGCUCUAUCUGGAAACCUCCAAUCAGAGCCGUUUGUAAAUACCCUAGGGCGAGUACAUGGAGCAUUGGCAAGGAUGGACAAUGAGUAUCUAAGAUCAGUUAUUGACUACCUAGAAACACUGCCAGGGGAAAACCAGAAACUUACCAAUGUCCAAGCCUAUUUAUCAACAAAUGGAGUCGACUGCCUUUGCAUGAUGCUGAUUUUGGCUGGGGUCGUCCAUUAUACACGGGACCAGCAAACGUUGUCAGUGAAGGAAAAAUAUUCCUAAUACCAAUUACAACUGAUGAUGGGAGCUUGUCAUAGGUAGCAUGCCUACAGACCCCUCAUAUGAAACCCUUCGAGGAACAUCUAUACCAAGGCUUGAUGUCAUUUGAUAACAAAAAGGCUCGAUAUUAGUUGUUCUUACUCUCUAUCAAUAGUCUGUUUCCUCUAACUAAACACAUUUGUUGUUUAUUAAAUAUUACCACCUAAAUUCCCUAUUCUCUAAUUUGAAGCA